UACUACCUGAUUCAUAUCAAAGAUUAAAACAUCAAUAACUUAUUACAAUUGCUCUAAUAAAAAAUGUGGACGAUCAACAAGUUUUUCUUCCUUCUUCCAGUUGCAUUCAUGGCCGUGUUCGGUACAGCUCAAACGUUACCUUCGCAGCCUAUAUCUGGACCGGACCCAACAGAUUGUAUGUCAUCCCUAUAUGCUAUUCCCAACUGUCUCCAAGAAAUUGUCCAAUCGUUUGUAAACGGAGAAAUCGGGACUAUUGGUCACUCUUGUUGUCAUGCCUUCUUGGGUCUCAGUGCAGAUUGUAUUACUGAGAGGUUUGUCUUCGCUCCCGACUUCCCUCCGACUCUAAGGGAUCAUUGUUCCGGCCAUUUAUGAUAAUAACAAUUAAUGCCAUUAUCCUUUCGAGUCUUCGUUUCAAGGGAGUUUAUUGUUAUUAUCCGACAUGUUCUAGGUCAUAAAGAUUUGCUAUCAAACAAAAUUUACUGUUUCUGCUCAAAAAACAACUUUUAACUGCCAUAUAUAUUUUGUUGUUAAAAAACUGCCAUAUUUCAUGUUGAUGUAAACAUCUUGCGUAUAACUAAAUAAUAAUAAGGAUAAUUUCAUA